GUUUGCUAAUGCAGGAAUCAGGAUGACAGCUGAACGGGGCGCAAAGGUACAGCAACGCAGUCUGUAACGUUCCCAACAAUCGUCACAAACUCCCGUUUUAAAAAGAAGUACCGACAGAUUUCGCCAAAGGACGCGUUUUGUACCAACUGACGGAAGUGUUUGAGUUAACUAGCGGACGGUAACCUUUAACCUUGCGGAUAUUUUUGUUCUUUUUCACCAAGAGAGAAAAAGAUCCGUGUCCGGAUGUGCCAGCAGUUACGAUAUUGGGUUUUUCGCACGGCGUAAUCACCUUUUCUACAAGCAGGAUAUUCUUGAUGUUCGGAGGGUCGGAGGAGGCCCUCGGGUCGACAGCUUAUCCCGCUAACAUUAACUAUACCCCCAAAUCUCCCAAUUUGUGUGGAAAAUGAUCAACGAAAUGAUUGUGCAAUAGAGAGAAGGAAGCGUCGUAAAACGCCUUGCCUUGCUACCUCGGUGUAGUGACUGUGGAGAGAGCAAGUCACCGGGAAUACAUUGUGUUUUUCUUUCCUGCUCUAAACCAUAAAAACGACGUUUGUUGAGCUCCAAUAAGGAAGACGUAAAGGGGGUAUUUGUGUUCUCAGCUUGUGUUGUGUGUGUGUGUGUGUGUGUAAACCCCGCCGAAGACCGGCAAAACCUUCAUGAUGACGGGCAGCACCCCAGCGGACAUGAUAAACCUGCGACUUAUUUUAGUCAGCGGAAAGACAAAAGAAUUCUUCUUCUCUCCCAAUGAAUCAGCGGCGGACAUUGCCAAACACGUCUAUGACAACUGGCCAAUGGACUGGGAGGAAGAGCAGGUCAGCAGUCCUAACAUCCUGAGGCUGAUCUACCAGGGCCGGUUUCUACAUGGCAACGUAACACUAGGAGCUCUCAAACUGCCCUUGGGGAAGACCACAGUGAUGCAUUUAGUUGCCAGAGAGACUUUGCCUGAGCCAAAUUCCCAAGGUCAGAGGAAUAGAGAGAAGACUGGGGAGAGUAACUGCUGUGUCAUUCUGUAAAUACACACCACCGCCACCUGCCCUCCAUCCUUCUCAUCCAUUCUCGCCCUCAACAUCCUGGACCGAAUGAGCCUGUCCCCUGUCCUGGAGCCUGUCCACAAUGCAGAUAGGCAUAUGGACAAACACAUACUCUUCGCUUUAUCUUUUUUCCCCCCCUCUCUCACACAAAGAAAGACAGCAGGCUCGGCCUGAUUCAAGGCAAAGAGUUGGGAGCAGAAAAUUGAUUAAUGAUAGAGUUGAUUCCUUUGUUGUACUUGAUUUGUUGUCAUAACUGAAAAUUAGUGGAAGGAACUGGAUUUGCAUGUGGGUAUUUUUUUUCCUUAAUGCAUACCUUUUUAAGCCUUCUGACACACACACACAUAUAAUAGGCACACACCUUAUCUAGCCAUCCUCAGCCUGUCUGUUAAAAGUCCAUUUUUAACUGCCUCCCAAUUCUAGCUAAUUGUCCUAUUAUUGCAGUGCUCAAGUUUGUGUGUGUGGCCUUGUUUUCUAAUACAGACCGCUGAUAAUUUUAACCACUAACAACUCACCUACACACACACACACACACACACACACACGCACACGCACACGCACACUCUGACAUCUUGUCCACACAUCCAACCAUAUAUGCUUGUGGGAUCUCCCUCAGUGCAGUAGACAAAGCUUAGACAUGCCUGAUCAGAGAACUGAAAGCAGGAAAAAAACAAACAAUAACACACACACAUAUAUAUACACGUAUAUAUGCAUAUGUGUCCUUUCUACUGCCCUCCUCUGUAUGUGCCCUUAGGGGUUCACAAUAGAGAAAUUAUGAUUUUAUGUCUGCAGAGGGCUGGCAGACGUCCUACUCUUUCAGUCGACACAUUCUUAGCCAAACAAAGCCUAACAAACAAACAAAUAGACAAACAACCAGUGUUGGUGCUUUUGUUUUGGUUAUUUGUUUGUCCAUGACAUUUGUGACUGUGUUUUGACAGUCCACGCAUAUUACUGAUCGACCAGUGUUGUGAUUAAUAAAACGUCAUGUCAGUUUUCUUCCUUCCCUGGUGCACCAUCCCUCUCUCUCCGAGGAUAUGCUCAUUGUGCUCCUUUUUUUUUUUAACAGUGUUGUGCAGGAUCUCGCUGACUGAUUGCUGUCCAAGCAAGGAAAUGAACUAUCUGUCUUAAUUCGCUUCCUACUCUCUCCUUAAUUCUCUCUCUCUCUGCAUUAAUAAGUCCAUUUUGCACAACUGAAGCAUGUGGUCCCUUAUCAGAUUUAAAAAAAAAAUGUAUAAAAUGUUUUGUUUUAUUUUAUAUUUUUCCAAUGGAAGUAAUGCUUCAAACUAAGGUAACAUGUAGAAUAUAUUUAAUAUGAAUCUUAUAUAGACCAUGAUGACUCUAGAUCCUGUUGAUAUACAGUAUAUUAGUGUUUAGUCUAUGAUUGUGUGUACGGUUAGCUUCUAGCCAGUUCACAGUCACUCGCUGACAACGUCUUGUGCUUAACAGCAGCUAAACCUCCCUCGUCAUUGACAGACUAUUUUUAUUUUUAUUUUCAUUCUUCUGUGCUUUUUUUUAAUUAUUUUUUAAUUUGUUUAUAAUUUCAGGUAAACCUUUUUUCUCCCUUUGCUUUAAAGAAUCGCUUUGUAACAGCACUAGGUCUUAAAAAAUAUAUUGUUUAUAUUGAUCAGGGUUCAAAUCUGUACAGAGAUAAACAUUUUCAAACCAAUUGUAAAUAGCACUAAUGCUCCCUCUCCCCCCUUCAAACUUCAAAAUGGAAUACAUCUGUAAACUAAAUAAAGGUUAUUGAAGUGCA